GCUCUUCCCCACCACUCCGAUUCAUCUCUAUCCUCUCUCUCUCUCUCGUAAGUCUCCUCCAAUAUCUCGUCCGUUGUUGCAUAAGUGUCAUGGAUCUCGCGUCGAAUCUAGGUGGCAAGAUCGAUAAAUCCGAUGUUCUCACCGCCGUCGAAAAGUAUGAGCAAUAUCAUGUAUUCCAUGGAGGAAACGAGGAAGAGAGAAAAGCAAACUACACAGACAUGGUUAAUAAGUACUAUGACCUUGCUACUAGCUUUUAUGAGUACGGAUGGGGAGAGUCCUUCCAUUUUGCACACAGAUGGAAAGGAGAAUCGCUUCGAGAGAGUAUUAAGCGACACGAGCACUUUCUUGCUCUUCAGCUUGGCAUCAAACCAGGACAAAAGGUACUGGAUGUAGGAUGUGGAAUUGGUGGACCGCUGAGAGAAAUUGCACGUUUCAGCAACUCAGCUGUUACAGGGCUCAACAAUAACGAAUACCAGAUCACCAGAGGCAAGGAACUAAACCGACUUGCAGGUGUUGACAAGACAUGUAACUUUGUCAAGGCUGACUUCAUGAAGAUGCCAUUCCCUGAAAACAGUUUUGAUGCAGUUUAUGCAAUAGAAGCAACCUGCCACGCACCUGAUGCGUAUGGAUGCUACAAAGAGAUCUACAGAGUGCUAAAGCCCGGGCAAUGUUUUGCUGCCUAUGAGUGGUGCAUGACUGAUGCAUUUGACCCUGAUAAUGCCGAACAUCAGAAAAUAAAGGCAGAGGUAGAGAUUGGAGAUGGUCUUCCUGACAUUAGGCUGACUACAAAAUGCCUCGAAGCUCUGAAGCAGGCCGGUUUUGAAGUGAUAUGGGAAAAGGAUCUGGCCAAGGACUCGCCGGUCCCAUGGUACUUACCUCUUGACAAAAAUCAUUUCUCACUCAGUAGCUUUCGCCUUACAGCUGUUGGACGAUUCAUAACCAAAAACAUGGUCAAGAUCCUUGAAUACAUAAAACUCGCACCUCAAGGAAGCCAAAGGGUCUCAAAUUUCCUGGAGCAGGCUGCAGAAGGAUUAGUCGACGGUGGAAGGAGAGAGAUUUUCACGCCAAUGUAUUUCUUCUUGGCCCGGAAGCCAGAGUAAGCGGAUGAGAGAUGCUCAUCGCGUAGGUCGAGUGAAGUGACAAAAUUUCUCAAUUUGCAAUCUUAUUUUUUUCUGUUUAUCUGAAUUCGUUCCAGUGUUUGGAUGUCUAUUAGAUGAAACUUUGUUGCAACUUACUAUUAUUUUAC